AUGUGGUCGACCAACUUAAGCGAAAGCCAAUUUAAUGAGGUACAACAAUGCUGCGUCAUGGUUGAAAAUAUUUUCUUUUUACGAUGUCAACGAUCAACAAUGAGUAGUGGUAAAAAUCACCAUGUAAACAGCAGUAUUGUCAAAGAUGAUGACUCUCGGUCUGGCAGCAAUAAUGACACUGAGAGCGAUUGCUCUUGCUGCUACAGCUGUAUCAGUUUUCUUAAAUGUGAUCUUGAUAAUCACUCCGCAUUGAAAGAUAUCAAAGAUGGUCCUGUUGUUCUGGCUGAAUAUGCACAAUCAACUACAGCUGGAAAAACUUUGAUCUCUAAAAAUACAUGGCAGAAAAGAUUGCAUCCCAAUGAUUUCGAAAUUAAAACUACUCAAAAAAAGCUAAAAUACCAAAAGCCUACAAAUUCUGCCACGAUAUUAAUUGAAUUCGAAGCUAUUUUAUCAGCACGAAAAGCGAUUGGUAAUUGA